AUGCUAAAAGAGUCAAAUUUUAAGCCUCUGCUAGUUGUAUUACUUAGCAGUCUUAUCUCUAAUUGCCAAACAUAUGAGCAGCACUAGCAUAACUAAUUCGAGAAUACAGAUUCUAAUCUACAUCCUUCUUUUGUGGACUAAAAUCUGCAAACUCAAGAAUUCAAUGAGAGCUAGCUAUAUAAUAUAAAACAUUCAGACUAUAGAACAAACUUCCAAAGUAGACUAGUUAGUAAUAAUUCUCUGGUGGAUGAUUAUUUACUGCAAUUGAUUAAAGCCUAUAACAAAAGUGAGGACUAUUUAGUGUCGUUCAAGGAUUAGAUAAAAACCCAGGCAGGUAAGAUUGUUUAAUGGGACUCAGAAUUCACCAAUACUUAAGAGAGAAGUUAUGAUGCUUCAAUGGCAAGAGAUAUAAGAAUGUAAAAGCCCAAUGCUACUGUCAAGUCUACAGUCUAAAUAAUCUCAGAGUAAUUUCACUUAUCUGGCAGUUUGGCAAUGGCACAUCUUAAAGACGUUGAAAGUUACUUCACACUAGGAUUUAAACCUGCUUUAGAUUACAAAGGCUCCUGGAUGAUAGAUAAGAAAGGAGAUACAAUUACUAGAUAAGCUCACGAAAACAGAGAAACUAUUGGCGAUAUGAAAGUCAUGUUUUACACUCUAAAAGAGUAGUCUUCCAUUAAAGAGGAUAGAAAACUGGUCAUGAGCAUAAUUGGAAAGUAGGUUGGUAAUUCUAUUGCAAAUGAUGAUCACCUUAUGAUUAGCAUUGGUAAGAAGUCCCUGAAAUAAAUUAUUCAUGAAGAGCAGAGACCAAUUCAAAAGAAGUAAUACAAAAUUAGACUAGCAAUCUUAUUCUGUAUCUUCCUGAUUUAAUACUCUGUCCUCAUUGAUCUGAUUAGAUUAUUUUUCGGAGAUCCAUAUUCAAAGGAGGGAAAAAAUGGAAUUGUGUUAACCAUAGGUGGAAUAUGUGCUAGUGCUUUUGUCUGUGCUACUUUUACAAUUAUAGCUAUAAUUAUUGAAGCAUUAGUUUGA